AUGUGGAAGUUUGAUCCCCAAAAAGGGUGGGGAUUUGAUGUUGAUAUGAAAAAACGAGGCAGAGUACUAGUUUUGGAAUUGACAAGUUCCUUUGAAGAUCUAAGGGUUAUGGUUUUCAAGGAUUUUGGAAUUGACGAAAACGAUGUCGAGCUUGAGUUAAGCUACCUACCUAUGGAGUUAAUCGGCACCAUCGACUGUCCCCCAGUUAUCAUUGAGAAUGAUAGCCAAGUCAAAAAUUUUCUUACAUAUGUACGUGGAAAACCUUCGACAAGGUUGUGUGUGUCUACUUCGCUUAUGCAUGGGAACAACGACAGCAUUGGCGUUGAUAAGGAGGAAUCUAACUCGCCAUUCAGAGAGGUCGGUGAAGCUUCCUCGGUUUCAGAUAGAGAUGAGAGUGGUAGUUCAUCUGAUUGUAACGCGAACGGCUCAGAAGAAGAUGAUCAUCUCGCCAUACGUGGAAAAGAAGAUGAUAGGGGGAAAAGUGUUCGAUUUUCUUUGAUCGAUGUUGUGAAGAAGGGUGAAACGUUUCAAAACAAGUCGAUGUUGAAAGCAGCGUUGGAAAUGUCAGCUACGAAGCAUAACUUCGAUUACAAAGUUGUUAAAUCGGACAGAAAACUUUGGUACAUUCGAUGCAUUGACAACCAUUGCAACUGGAGUGUUCGUGCUGAAGGGUUAUCAGGCUCCACAUAUUUCAUCAUCAAAAAAUAUGUGGCGGAUCAUACAUGUGCUGCGUCGAGUAUGAAUAAUGGUGGUCGGAUACCUUCUGCAAAAACUAUUGGCAGUAUAAUAAUGCAUAGAUAUGAUGGUGUGAAAGAAGGUCCGAAGACUAAUGAUAUCAUACAGAUUAUGAGAAUGGAUCAUGGAUGCGAGAUAUCUAAGUCGUUAGCAUGGGAUGCUCGUGAAUUUGCAAUUCAUGUGGUUCGAGGUAUUCCGGAGCAGAGUUUUGGAAAAAUUCCGAAAUAUUUGUACAUGCUGAGGGAAGCUAAUCCAGGAACACAGACGUUUUAUGAAACUGAUGUUGAUGGUAAAUUCCGAUUUCUAUUCCUUUCGUUUGGGCAAUCAAUACGAGGUUUUCACACAUCCAUGCGGAAAGUUCUUGUUGUUGAUGGGACAUUUUUGAAGAGCAAGUACAAAGGAGUAUUACUUGUUGCUACAGCUUUAGAUGGAAACUCUAACUUGUAUCCUAUUGCAUUUGCGGUUGUUGACUCAGAAAAUGAUCGAUCAUGGGAUUGGUUUCUGAGACAUCUAAAGCUUGUUGUUGCGGACGAGCGUUCUCUAGCUUUUGUGUCAGACAGAAAUGGCUCACUUUGCAAAGCAAUUCAGAAUGUGUAUCCUCUUUCUCAACAUGGAAUUUGCAUUCACCAUUUGUUGAAUAAUGUGGUCACACAUUACAGAGGCAAGGGACUGGUCGGAUUGAUUGCAAAAGCUUCCAAAGCUUAUAGAGUCGUUGAUUACGAGAAGCUAUUCCAUGCCGUGUGCAAUAUAAGUCCAGCUAUUGGAAAAUAUUUAACAGAUGCAGAAGUUGGAAAGUGGGCUCGCUGUCAGUUUCCAGGAUACAGGUACGACAUGAGGACGACAAAUCCAGCUGAAUCAAUAAACUCUGCUUUGCGCACACCAAGAGAGUAUCCAGUGAUUCCUUUGUUGGAUAGCAUCAGAGAAAUGCUGACCCAUAGGCGGAUUAGAAAGGGUAGAACGUUUCUUGUCCAGCCGGUUAACGAGCAUCGUUUUUUGGUUCUUGGAGAUACAAUUGACUGCCUGGUUGAUUUGGACAGAAGAACUUGCUCGUGUGGGAAAUACGACCUGAUAAAACUUCCAUGUCGACACGCUAUCAAGGCUGGUUUAACGGUUGGCCGAACCCCAUCCUCACUGACGGAUGACAUGUACACUACUUCCACAUGGAGAACAGCUUAUCAAGAGACUAUCAAUCCAAUAGGUGUUCCUGAGGAUAGUUGGGUUGUUCCAGAUGAUGUUCAAAAUGCUGCUGUGCUACCUCCUGAAUCAAGAAGAGGAGCAGGAAGGAGAAGAAAACGCAGAUACGAGACCGUUGAAGACAAACUCCGUUCAUCGCAAGCAACACAAGGAAAAAAGAAGCGCAAAUGCAGUCGAUGUGGCGAAGAGAAUCAUAACAGGGCUACAUGUGACAGAGCUAUUUAG